GGAGCGCGGCAUGGCCGGCGCCGGCGAGCAGGCGGAGGACGGGGAGGAGAACAUCCUGUACGACCUGCUGGUCAACACCGAGUGGCCGCCGGAGACGGAGGUGCAGCCAAGAGGCAACAGAACACAUGGUGCAUCAUUUAUCAUCACUAGAGCAAUUGCAGGUCCUGCAUUGUUUUUGCUUCGGUACAUCUGGUACAGCCCUGCAAAGUUUUCUCUGCCCGCUGGACUGGUUCGUCUGGUUAGUAAGCAGAUCAACUGGCACCUCGUACUUGCAAGCAAUGGUAAAUUGUUGGCAGUUGUUCAAGACCAAUGUGUAGAAAUCAGGUCUGCAAAAGAUGACUUUGUAUCCAUAGUUGGAAAAUGUCAAGUGCCAAAGGAUCCUAACCCUCAGUGGAGGAGAGUGGCGUGGAGUCAUGAUUGUACAUUACUUGCUUAUGCUGAAAGCAGUGGAACAGUCAGAGUGUUUGACCUGAUGGGUAGUGAGCUUUUGGUCAUUUCACCGACAGCAAGUUUUCCAGGCGAUCUGAGUUACGCUAUUGCUGGAUUGAUCUUUCUAGAAUACAAAGCAAGUGCCCAGUGGUCAGCUGAACUCCUUGUUGUUAAUUAUCGUGGAGAACUGAGAAGUUACCUUGUAAGUGUUGGAACAAAUCAAAGCUUUCAAGAAAGUCAUAGUUUCAGCUUUGGCAGCCACUAUGCCCAUGGGAUAACAACUGUCAUUUAUCAUCCUGGUCACAGACUUCUCCUUGUAGGAGGCUGUGAAACAGAUGAAGAUGGAGUGUCUAAAGCAGCUGGUUGUGGAAUAUCUGCUUGGAGAAUUCUAUCAGGCUCUCCCCAUUACAAACAGGUCACUAGUUAUGAAGAUGAUGUUAGAACAGCACAGAGAAGAGGAUUAUUAAGGAUUAUGAAUUUAAGAUUUUACAGCAGGCGAGGAACAGAACAGGAUGGAGUUUUCAAGAUGAAUCUUUCUCCUGAUGGAGCUCUUUUGGCAGCUAUUCAUUUUUCCGGAAAACUGACGAUCUGGUCUAUUCCAUCUCUCAGACAACAAGGAGAAUGGGACCAAACUGCUCAGCCUGGCUAUGAUGAGCUUAACCCAGACUGGAGACUCUCUAGUGAAAAAAGAAAGAAAAUAAAAGAUAAAGAAUCCUAUUAUCCACUGAUAGAUGUAAAUUGGUGGGCAGAUAAUUCUGUCAUCCUUGCUCGCUGCUCUGGUGCAUUGACUGUGUCAUCAGUUAAGACAUUAAGAAACCUGCUGGGAAAGACGUGUGAAUGGUUUGAGAGUUCUCCUCAGGUCACUUCAGCUCAUGAUGGAGGAUUUCUAAGUCUGGAGUGUGAGGUGAAACUAGUUCCAAAAAGACUGCGCUUGGAGAGCAGGCCUGGUGAUGAAGAUGAGGGAGAUGAUGACUCGGACUCAGAUGAGGAAUCUUCUGCUAAGGACAGAUACUUCAGCUACCUAAAGCAAGGCCUGUACUUUGUAACAGAAAUGGAACGAUUUGCUCCUCCACGAAAACGACCACGUACUAUUACAAAGAAUUUCCGCCUUGUCAGCUUAAGAUCCACAACUCCAGAGGAACUGUACCAGAGGAAAAUUGAUAAUGAAGAAUAUGGGGAAGCUUUGUCUUUAGCUCAAACAUAUGGCCUUGACUCUGAUCUUGUAUACCAGAGACAGUGGAGGAAGUCAGCUGUUAAUGUUGCUUCAAUUCAAGACUACUUGAGCAAAAUCAAGAAACGUGCAUGGGUUCUUCAUGAGUGCUUGGAGAGAGUUCCAGAAAAUGCAGAUGCUGCUAAGAAGCUGCUUCAGUAUGGCUUGAAAGGCACAGACUUGGAGGCUCUUGUGGCCAUAGGAAAAGGAGAAGAUGGUGGCAGAUUCAUCUUACCAGGAGAAGUGGAUAUUGAAAUUCCCUAUGAAGACCUGUCACCAGAUGAAGAAAUGGAUACUAGAAAGGAAAAGGAGGCCAAGAAGCGUCAAGAACUGCUAUUAUCAGUAAACUUCUCAAAGCUGACCCUGGAACAGAAGGAGCUCUGCCGUAGCAGGCUGAAGCUGUUAACUUACCUUGAUCGCCUUGAGACCUAUGAGGAAAUCCUUGGAGGGCCUCAUGCAGCUGAGCAUUAUGAUGGAGAAUUCUUUAAGAAGUUCAGAAAUCAGAAUAUUGUACUUUCAGCAAGAACUUAUGCUCGGGAAAGCAAUGUCAGAGCCCUGGAAAUUUUGUUCACUUUCCAUGGAUCAGCUUUACUUCCACACAGACAGGCGAUUCUCUCCAAUUUCCCAGAGACUACUUCACCACACGAGUAUGCUUUGCUGUUACCUGAAGCUUGCUACAAGAAGGGGACAUUGAAAAUUCUUCCUUGGAAUGAGCAGAAACAUCGUGAAGAAGACUGGUGUGAAAAACAAGAAUGCAGGAUGGUUAUUGAACCAACUUUGCAAGAUGAAGGCCAGUUUCUGUAUGAAAAACAGCCUGAGUUACUGAAGUACAGGACUACUGACCUUUCUGUAGAUCUCAUCACAGAUUGGUAUUUGAGCAGAGCACAGGAAAUUGAAGAAUAUGCAAUGCAGGUUGACUGUGCUCUGUCCCUUGUUCGUCUUGGCAUGGAGAGGAACAUUCCUGGUCUGCAGGUGCUUUGUGACAACCUGAUCACUCUUGAGACAGUGGUUUAUGAGACUGAUGGUGAUCGAACUUUGACUUUGAAGGAACUUUUGGAGAUGAAAGACAUUGAGAAGCUGAGACUGUUGAUGAAGAAUUCCUCAGAUGAAAAAUAUGUGAAGAAUGUUUAUCAGUGGAUGAUCCCUUUUCUCCACCGCUGUGAAAACCAGUCCCCUGGUCUUGCAAAUGCCCUUUUUAAAGAAUACUUAGUAACACUGGCAAUGGAAGACUUGACUCUACCUCUGAAGAUAUUUCAGAAUUCAAAACCUGAUUGUCAGCCAAAAAUUAUUCCUGAUCAGGACCAGCUUAUGAUCACAGCAUUGGAAUGUAUUUACAGCUGUGAGCGAGAUGACCAGCUCUCUCUCUGUUAUGAUAUUUUGGAAUGCCUUCCACAAAGAGGAUAUGGGCCUGAAACAGAUAAAACUAACACUCUUCAUGAUGAAGUAGAUGAACUGGAACAAAUUCUCAGUGUGGCGGAGCUGCUGGAGAAGCACGGCCUGCAGAAGCCGGUUUCCUUUGUGAAGGACACCAAGGACAGCGCAGAGGAGGCUCGGAAGCUGAUGGUCAGGCUGACCAGGCACACGGGUCGCAAGCAACCGUCCGUUGGUGAGUCGCAGUGGAAGGAAUUGCUCCAGGAUAUGCUGGACAUGCAGCAGAAAGUGUAUAGGUGCUUACAUUCAGAUACUUGCUAUGAGAUAUUCACCGAAAGUCUUCUAUGCUCAAGCAGUAUAGAAAAUAUCCACCUGGCUGGGCAAAUGAUGCAUUGCAGUGUUUGGUCAGUGGAUCUACCAAGUUCAUCCAAAGGGAAGCCACAGUACCGAGUCAGCUAUGCCAGAAGCAUUGAACUGGUUUUGGCUGCUGGUAGAGAAUAUUUCAAUUCUUCCACCAGUUUGACUGAUAGCUGUAUGGAAUUGGCCAGGUGCUGUCUCCAACUUAUUGAAGACAGUCCAAGUGCUGUUCAGGAGGAGCUGGACCUCAUUCGUGCUCUGGGCUACCUGGAAGAGUUUGGUGUGAAAAUAUUACCACUGCAAGUGCGUUUGUGCUCCGAUCGACUCAGUCUCAUCAAGGACUGUCUGGCUCAGAUGUCAACAAACUAUAAACAGUCUGCUAAGCUCCUGGGACUGGCAAACCUGCUAAGGGUUGCAGGAGAUGAUCAGACGGAGAGAAAAGGUCAAGUUUUGAUCCUUUUAGUGGAACAGGCUCUCAGUUUCCAGGACUACAAAGCAGCUAGUAUGCAUUGCCAAGAGCUCAUGGCCGCAGGCUAUUCUAAAAGCUGGGAGGUGUGCAGUCAGCUGGGGCAGUCAGAAGGCUACCAGGACCUGGGGAUGCGCCAGGAGCUGAUGGCCUUUGCUCUGACACACUGUCCCCCCUGCGCCAUAGAGGCGCUGCUGGCCGUGAGCAGCUCAUUGCAAACACAGAUUCUUUAUCAGGCUGUGAAUUACCAGUUUCUUCCUUCUGAAGGAGGUGAGAAUUCAAGUACAUCUGGGCCUUCUUUGUUGAUCAGUAAGGAUGCAGAGGGCCAGGAAUUUGGAGAUGUAUUAAAAAGUGGGUCUGGAGAAAAUGCUACCGUGGAAAAACAAGGCUGUCAUCCAUUUUAUGAGUCUCUAAUUGAUGAUCCAUAUGUUGCAGAAUCUGAAGUCAGCUAUGGAACAUACCAGAACAAUUCUUUGGAAAGCUUUGCAGAAGUGUUGCUGAGAACAGGGAAACUCGCAGAGACAAAGAGUGAAGGAAAAGACCUACUUCCAACUACAGAAGUUCUGCUACAACUGGCAAGUGAUGCUUUACCAAAGGAUGCGGCCUUGUCUCUUGCCUAUCUGCUUGCUCUGCCACAGGUGGUAGAUGCCAACAAAUGCUUUGAAAAACAAUUACAUUCUGCGUUAUCUCUCCAGCUGGCAAGCUAUUACUAUAGCCUGCAGAUCUAUGCUCGUUUGGCACCAUGUUUCAAGGACAAAUGCCACCCUCUCUACAGGGCUGAUCCAAAAGAGUUGAUUGAGAUGGUCACAAAGCAUGUUACUCAGUAUGCCCAGGCAGACUGGCCUGAAGAAAUCAGCAAUUUGAUAAAUCAGCUGCAUUACUACAAUGAACGACUGCUGGACUUCACUCAGGCUCAGACUCUGCAAGGACUAGGCAAAGGAGUGGAUGUGCAGAGAUUUACAGCAGAUGCACAGUACAAGAGAGAAACAAUACUAGGAUUGGCAGAGACACUUGAAGAAAAUGUCUAUAAAAUUGCUAUUUCAUUGGCUCAGCGAUACAGUGUUCCACUUUGGGAAGUUUACAUGACCCAUCUGGAAUUUUUAUUCACCGACAGUGGGUUAUCGACACUGGAAAUAGAAGAAAGAGCACAAAGUCUUGGUCUGUUUGAUACUUUGAAAACCAGUCCUGAAACCUUUCAUGAACACAUGGCUAAAUAUGUUUACCCGAGUAUUGAAGGCCAAGAUCACCAGCGGUUACUUUACUAUUUUACACUCCUGGAAAACUGUGGCUGCUCAGAAGUGGUGAACCAUGCUCUUAAACCUGAAACUCACAUCCGACUCCUGAAAAAAUUCAAAGCAGUUUCACCAGGUCUUAAUUACAAAAAACUAACAGAUGAAAAUGAAAAUCCUCUGGAAACACUGGAGCCCAUCCUUACAAGUCAAAAUAUCUUAUCUAUUUCCAAACUGGCUCCUAAAAUUCCUAAAAAAGAUGGAAGCAUGCUGUCACCAAGUUCUGUUUAUGCUGUGUGGUUACAAAAACUUUUUUGGAAUGGUGAUCAUCAUCUCAUUAAAAAAAUACCAGAAACCGUGGAUGAGUGGCUACAUGCGUAUGAUAUGUGUUCAAAAUACCUUGAUAGACUUGAUCCAGAUGAUAUUGCUACUUUCAUUGAUGAAAUUACUUUUUCUUCGAAAGCUGUCACAAAGCUGCCAGUUGAAGCCAGGAUAGAAGUGACUAAGAAGGCUAUUAAGGCAGUCAAACAUCUUUCUGAGAAAUCAAGAAAAAAAACUUCAGAUAAUGACAUGAAAGAUGCUGAAAGCCCAUCUGCUGCUUAUGAAGAAACACUGAAUCAUUUGCAACAAUCUCUUGCUCAUCUGGAAACACUCACUCACACUUUCAUCACUUAUUUGAAAAGCAGCAAACAGGAUACACUACAGAAGUACGGCUAUUUAUAUGAUCUGUCAAGGUCGGAAAGAGAAAAAAUCCAUGAGCAAGCAGUAGCCAUGUGUAUAGAUGGUCAGCCCCUGGACAUGGUGCAGCAGUUGUUACAAGUGGCUGUUGGAGAUCUAGGCCUUUCUCCCCAGGAUAUUGUCCAGUGUGCUAUCAAAAAAAUAGUAGGUCUGUUAAGUGGAAAUGGUGACUCAUCUACAACAGAGAAAGAUCCACUUGGAAUCCUUGAAGGUAUAAUUUCUGCAGUGCAUGCAAGCGUUGAAAAAGGGGAGAAAAUAGUUUCUUCAGAUGACCUUCUGGAGUGGUUGCGACCUUUCUGUGGUGAUGACUCCCUAGCAGUGAAGCCUCGCAUCAGGGUAUUGCAAAUUCUGGAGCAAGCCUUCCAUCUCAGUGAUGAGGAUAGCAAGCUGCUUGUGUACUUCAGGACACAGGCUGUUCUCAGAGCUUGCUGGCCUGAAACAAAGGUAGAGAUAACAGAUAUUGAAAAUGAAGAAAAAAGAUACCAUCUCUUCCUGGGACUUCUGGAGUCCAGUCAGAGUCUGUCUGAGUUUCAGCACUUGGUCCUGUUGCUUCAGGCUUGGCCACCAAUGGACAGGAGCAAUGGAUCACGCAUAGAUGAUAAUCCCUGGGUGAAACUGGGGACUUUUAUGCUGCAGAGGUGCCCACCUGAGGAAAAGGAGAAGACAGGAAAUGAAAUUUUGAAAAUCUGCCGUUCUUUGUAUGAGACAAAGCACAUGCUCCCUGUCAAGUGUAUAAAAGAAUUAUGUUUGCUGCUGCUUAACCAGUCCCUCCUGCUGCCAUCCCUGAAACUGCUGGUAGAAAGCAAAGACCAAGACCUUCAUGCUGUGGCACUGGAGCAGAUAACAGCUGUUGCUAAGGUUGAUGAUUCCACUUGUGAUGCUGAAAUACUCUCCUUGCUCCUCAAUGCCAAGCUGGUGGUGAAGUGCAUGUCCACUGCCUUCUGCCCACGCCUUAUUGAUCACCUCCUGGCUAACCAGGGGCAGGGAGGCUGGGAUGUGCAGGAAAUUGCACAGCAGCUUAAGGAAGCAGGGUUCAGUGCAGAGGCCGGGUCUCUCCUGAUGGCUCAUCGAGGGACCCAUCCUGCACUCAGGACUUUUACUACUGCCCUCCAGGCUGUGCAGCACUGGAUCUGAAAAUACUGGAUUUAUGCAUUUGUCUGCAUUUUUGCUGGAGAUUUUACACAAAAGGGAGAAAUUGUUUCUCUAGUAAGGUAACAAAGUGAGUUAUUACCUACAUUUUGUAGAAAACACACAGCACACAGUAAAUUCCCGUAUACUUCUAAUUGUUUAAAAAACUAUUGGUGCAGACUGCAUCAUUCUGUUGUAUGAUUAGCCAAGCGUUGAAUCUGAUCAUCCUUUCAGAUCAAAGUUAAAUGGUUACACUCAGGUGCAUAUAAAGGAAACAUUAGUAAGGUGGCAGGCUAUAUACAAUUUGUCUUAAUUUCUGUAAGUAAUUUACUAUUGUCAUAAUGUAAAACUAAUGUAAAAAUAUAAAGAUAUAUAUGGAGCAAAAAAAGUCACAAGAGUGAUUUUUGAGAAUUUCAAAACCUUAAAAUUCAGUAUUGUGCAAUGUUGUUAUCACAGCUUUUGUUUGCAAUAAAUAAAAUAUUUUGCAUUUAAUGUACUUCUUUUUUCAGCCUUUUGGACAGAUAAAUAUUUUCUUUCUUCAGCCCCUUUUCUGAAAUUCCUGUCUCUCCUUAGUGAUGUGUAUUCAUGAGGACAAGCUGAAGUCUAAGAGAUAUUUUUCUAUACCAUUUGAGAAGCCCCA